AUGACAUUCAAAGCCCUAUCCCCCAACCACCCGGAACGCGCACAACGAGUAUAUAGCAUAGCAGGGUAUUUCCGUCAAGGGUUUUCUCGAACUGGAGAGCUGCUGCUGAUAGAGAAAGCUAUCCAUUUCGGCCGUAUUGCUCUUGAGACCAUGCCAGAAAACCAUCCUCGACGCCCGGAAUUUCUCAACAACCUCGGCGUGUUUUUCCAGGAUCGAUUCUCGCGAAAAGGUGAUGUAGAGGAUAUUAAACGGGCUGCUGCGUAUACACAGCAAGCGUUAAUUUCAGUCCCAGAUGGUGCUGACAGCCGGGAUCGAAUCGACUUCACUAGCAACCUGGGGGUGUACUACGAGAAGCUAUUUAGACGAACAGGAAAGAUGCAAUACUUGGACCAAGCUAUUGAUAUGGGCCAGUCAUGCAUUGAUGGCCCACCGAACCAUCCUAAUCGAGCGGGGGCAUUUAACAAUCUUGCAAGGCAUCUAAGGACUCGAUACCAAAUCCUCGGAGAUCAAGGCGAUUUGGAGACGGCCUUGUCACAUGUGAAGCACUCAUUAAGCCUAACCCCGGACAAUCACGGCAAGAGAGGAGAGCGUCUGAGUAAUUUAUCUUCGUUAAUGUAUGAGCGGUAUUUGUUGUCGCAUAAUAUUGACGAAUUAGAUGGAGCGGUAACCCUCGCCAAGCAAGCGCUUGAUUGCUCAUCAGAGAAUUAUUCCCAUCGUUCCCAGGCACUUAACAAUCUAGGAAAAUGUUUACAGUUACAAUUCAAAAGAAAUGGAAAGAUGACUGAUUUAGAGGAAGCUAUCAGACUUGGAGAGCUUGCCGUAGAUGCAGUGCCGUUAGACGACUACGCCAAUCGCUCUCUCCACCUCCACAACCUGAGUACUUAUUAUCAUGAUCGGUUUUUGCGAACAGGGAGGGUAGAAGACUUACAAAACUCCAUUCACCUGAUGCAAAAAGCAAUCGAUGCAACGCCAGAAGACGACCCAGAUAUGACGUAUCGUCUGCAUGGUUUAGGGAUUUUGUUUCAGGAACGAUAUCUGCGAAUAGCAGAUUCGAAAGACAUAGAAGAAGCAAUACGCGUGCAACGAGAGGCUGUUGAAAGAAUCCCAGUCGGCCAUCGCAGUCGAGGACACUGUCUGAAUAAUCUAGGCUACUUCAUCUUGCUACUGUCAUCACGAACCGGCAAGAUCGAUGAUUUGGAGGAGGCCAUAGAAGUCGCAAAGAAAGGGCUUGAUGUCGUCCCCAAACAGCAUUCAGGAUAUGCAACCGCUCUCGAUAAUUUAGGAAUCUGUUAUGCUGACAGAUACGAUCGAGUUUCUGAAUUAUCCGAUCUUGAGGAAUCUAUUAGACUUGGGCGAGAAGCUCUGGAGGCCACCCCUGAGAAUCAUCCGGGCUUGAUAUACCGGUGGAACAACCUUGGAUCGCGUCUGGCAGAUCUAUUUUCAGUAAUACCGUCUGUGGGAAUCAUAAAUGAAGCCAUUGACAUUGGGCAAAAGGCGCUGUGUGCCCUCCCAGAGAACCACUAUUUUCGAGCCCAACUUCUUUACAACCUCGGCGCUCGCUUCAAGGCUCGUUUCGGGCAGUCCAAAAGCGAGAAUGAUUUGCGAGAAUCAACGAGACUAUUUUGCCAGGCAUUGCAUUCUCACGAUGGAGAACCGAUGACACGCAUUAAAGCAGGGAUAACUGCUGCGCUUGACAUGAAUUCAUCACGUAAAUGGGGCGAGAGCGCGAGUAUCCUUCAAGAAUCCCUUGACCUGCUUCCGAGGGCUACUCUCCGUACGGGCUCUCGCAGUGACUUGCAGCACACAAUUCCAAAUCUUGCCGGGGUGUCAGCCUUGGCUGCUUCCGUUUUUCUGAAAGCAGGCAAGAGUCCCUUGCAAGCACUCCAGAUAUUAGAACAGGGCCGUGGGAUAAUUGCCGGCCUGGUGAUCGAUUCUCGCUCUGACGUUUCUCUGCUUAGAAAAAAACAUCCUGAUCUUUAUUCUCGAUAUGAUUACGCAAGAAAGGUCGUUGCGAUUCCGUUUUCAUCGGGCCUUUCCGGAGAAGAUGAAUCAUUCAGCAGCUUGAAAAACAACUAUACGCUCGAAUCUCUUCAACGUCACGAAUAUUCAGUGAAGCUAGAAGAGGUGAUUCAAGAAAUUAGAGAGAAUCCGGGAUUUGAAAGAUUCCAACUUCCUCUAACGAAGAACGAGAUUCUUCAUUUGGCCCGUGGCGGUCCGUUGGUGUCAUUCAACGUAUCUGUUGUCAGCUCAGAAGCCUUCAUUGUCACGGAGAACACUAUCCAAGCACUGCCACUUCCUGAGUUGAAAAAGUCCGACGUUCAACAGAUGAUGAGAAGCUUGGUCCAUGCCAGUAACGGACGGAGAAGAGAUGCUAAAUUUGUCGAAGAUGUAGAUGAUGGGUCAUUCGGCAUGGAAGAUGAACUACAACCUGUAGAGAUCACCUCUCAAAUGUCUACAUUGUGGGCUAAUGCUGUGAAGCCCGUGGUGAAAAGCCUAGGCUUUCUUAUACCUGGCAAAACUAUGCAGGAAUUACCGCGAAUAUGGUGGGUUGGUGGAGGCUUGAUGUCGGCCUUGCCCCUUCAUGCAGCCGGCAAUCAUCAUCCCGGCUCUACAGACAACACACUUACAUACGCUGUAUCGUCCUUUGCACCAACACUCAAGUCUCUCCAGUUUUCCAGAUCCACAGCCCAAACAUCUCCAAAUGCCGAAGCUUCAAAACUCCUUAUUGUAUCCAUGCCCACGACUCCCGAUAUAGCAGGACGGCUAAACGUCACCGAAGAGGUAGCCGCGAUUGAAUCUACAACCAAGCAGCACAGCACCGUCAAGACCCUAAAACGGCCGGCCAAACAAGAUGUUCUCGCCGAGCUCAAAUCAGCCAGUAUCUGCCACUUCGCGUGCCACGGUCGAGCAGACGCAUUGGAGCCUGCCAAAAGCGCCCUGCUGCUGGGAAACACCGCCCUUGAGGAGCUAUCUAUCAGCGACCUAGAUGCAAUUUACAACCCGCGCGCGCAGAUCGCGUAUCUGUCGGCUUGCUCCACGGCCGAGCUGGGAGAAAUCGGGUUGAUUGAUGAGAGCAUCCACCUCGCAAGCACGUUUUCGCUCGCAGGGUUCCCGCAUGUGAUUGGGACGUUGUGGGGAGCAGUUGACAGCGCGGCGGUCGACAUCGCGAGGGCUUUUUACAGAGAGCUGUUUGUUAAUGAUAUUUCAGUGGCUUAUGCUCUUCACAAGGCUGUCGUGCGCCUCAGGAACGAGGACGCGGCGUAUAUCUUGAAAUGGGCGCCUUUUAUCCACAUAGGGGCUUGA